AUGGCGUCAGGACGCUCAGCAGCUGCACAAGCUUUCGCGGAAGACCGAAUCCCGACGUAUCGGAUCGACCUCUCCCUCCCUCCGCGCGAGCGCUAUGUCGAGCUGGCCACCGACUUUGCGCCGCGGAUGAGGAGGAUCACCCCGCUAUUUGACACAGUCCUCGCAUCAUUUAUACCGUGGUCAUUCCUACGCUCCAUUGUCAGGUUCUCGGCGUCUCUCCGUCUAAGGCGUGUUCACUCGCAUGAGGAAACGCAAGAGUUGAAAGGAAUCGCAAAAGCCAGCGGAGUGGACAUGUAUUUCCUCGUGGCGUUCAACCUGCUGCUCGACGCGCUAUUGGGGUGCACGAGCGGCGGCGUACUGACCCGCCCGGAGGGAGACAAAGGGUCAGAACGAUCUCGACAGGCGGGACGAAGAAGCCUGCGGCGAAUGAACAGGAUGAUGCACUUUCGAACCCUGGAUUGGGGAAUGCCCGAGCUGAGAGAUAUCUUGGUCGUGCUGGAGUUUGUGAGGUCGGCCUCUCCCGAACCCGAGAAAGUCAUCAUGAGAACAGUCUCGUAUGCUGGGUUCGUCGGCACACUCACCGGAGUGAGGAAAAACCUGUCUGUUUCGCUCAACUUCCGCGCCAAUCACCACUGCUCGACCUUGUCGCUUCGCAUCCACCAGGCCCUCGUUCUCUUGGGCAUACGGCCAUCUGUAUCCUCGAUUCUGCGCCACGGCCUCCUCCACGCCGAGGAAGGGGACGCAGAAAUUGACAAUAUGGCCAAUACGAUACGUCGCGCACGCGCCACGCCCUGCUAUGUUAUCCUGUGCUCUGGCCGGAAAACCGUCGUGCUGCAAAAGGACCUCUACGACGCAGAAUACAGAUCAGCUGAUGAUUUUAUCGUGCACACGAAUCACGAUUUUCCGCCGACGGAUCCCUCAGACGGGGCUUCUAUCCAGAACCAGACAAACUUCAUUUUAGGCAUGGAGGGAGCGCUCGAAGAAAGCGAGGAGAGACAAGAUUGCAUGCAGAAGAAAUGGACUGCUCUGGUCAGGAGGCGUGGAAGAAAUGCAAAGCGGGAGGAGGGGCAGGAACCCGUCGCGGUUGACGAGCAGACGUUGAGAUGGUGGGUGCAGUCGUAUCCCAUCAUGAAUGAGUGUACGCAUUUUGGCUGUAUUUUGGAUCCGGGGACGGGUACGAUCCGUUGGCUGGAGAGAGGCGUGGACGAUCUCGACAUUGAGAAUUGGGAAUGA